AUGAUUUCUUCUUCUGGGCACGCUCUCCGUCGUGGACUGUCCACAUCCGCAGCUCUCUCCAACAAGGACGCUUUCAUCGUUGGAGCUGCCCGUACUCCAAUUGGAUCGUUCCGUUCUUCUCUUGCUUCUGUAACAGCACCAGAACUCGCAUCCGUCGCCAUCAAAGCUGCUUUAGAGCGAGGAGCAGUGAAGCCAAGCUCUAUUCAGGAGGUUUUCCUUGGACAAGUCUGCCAAGCAAAUGUUGGCCAAGCUCCAGCUCGCCAGGCAGCUCUCGGAGCUGGUCUAGAUCUGUCGGUUGCUGUCACCACAGUGAAUAAAGUAUGCUCGUCUGGAUUGAAGGCUAUUAUUCUUGCUGCUCAACAAAUCCAAACCGGACACCAGGAUUUGGCUAUUGGAGGAGGAAUGGAGAGCAUGUCCCAAGUGCCACUGUACGUUCCUCGUGGAGAGAUUCCGUAUGGAGGAUUCCAAGUGAUUGAUGGAAUUGUAAAAGACGGACUCACCGAUGCCUAUGACAAGAUUCAUAUGGGUAACUGUGGAGAGAAAACUUCUAAGGAAAUGGGAAUUACCCGCAAAGACCAAGAUGAUUAUGCCAUCAGCAGUUAUAAGAAAGCAGCUGAAGCGUGGAAGAACGGAAACAUCGGGCCAGAAGUGGUGCCAGUGAAUGUGAAGUCCAAGAAGGGAGUCACGAUUGUUGAUAAGGACGAAGAGUUCACAAAAGUCAAUUUUGAAAAGUUCAACACCCUUCGCACAGUUUUCCAGAAAGAUGGAACUAUCACUGCUGCCAACGCCUCCACUUUGAAUGAUGGAGCUGCUGCCGUUGUCGUCGCUUCUAAAGAAGCUGUUUCUGCUCAGAACUUGAAGCCAUUAGCUCGUAUUUUGGCUUAUGGAGAUGCUGCUACUCAUCCACUUGAUUUCGCUGUUGCUCCAACAAUGAUGUUCCCGAAGAUUCUUGAGAGAGCCGGAGUAAAGCAAUCAGAUGUAGCUCAAUGGGAGGUCAAUGAAGCAUUCUCAUGCGUUCCUCUUGCAUUCAUCAAGAAACUCGGAGUUGAUGCUUCUUUGGUCAACCCACACGGAGGAGCUGUAUCAAUCGGUCACCCCAUCGGUAUGUCCGGAGCCCGCCUCAUCACUCAUCUUGUUCACACUCUUAAAAGCGGCGAAAUCGGAGUGGCUGCCAUUUGCAACGGAGGAGGAGGCUCCAGUGGAAUGGUCAUUCAGAAGCUGUAG